GGGCGGCCGUGAGGCGGGCGAAGUUUGCGCUUGGCGCCGGGGCCCCGGAGGCAGAGCGGGGAGGGAAGGAGCCGUCCCCGCCGCGCCGGGGCUGCGCCGCCGCCGCCCUCCCCGGAGCAGCCGGCGUUGGCCAUGAAGAGGAAGCAGAAGCGAUUCCUGCAAAUGACGCUGCUCUUCACCGCGGCGCUGAUUUUCCUGCCCGACAUCGGCCUCUGGGCUCUCUACAAGGAGAAGCACCUGGUGAAGCCCGCCGAGCCCGCCGAGCCGCAGACACUUCCAUUGGGGCUGGGAGACGGACAGCUCUUUACCUGGACUGAUGGCUUGAAAAGGAAGGACUGGCACGAUUAUGAAAGCAUUCAAAAAGAUGCCAUGCGUUCAGGGAAAGGCGAACACGGAAAGCCGUACCCUCUUACAGAGGAAGACCACGAUGAUUCUGCUUAUAGGGAAAAUGGCUUCAACAUCUUCGUUAGCAACAACAUAGCACUGGAGCGAUCCCUGCCAGACAUCCGACAUCCAAACUGUAAGCACAAGGUGUACUUGGAAAAGCUACCAAACACUAGCAUAAUUAUCCCGUUCCAUAACGAAGGCUGGACUUCGCUCUUGCGGACAAUACACAGUAUUAUCAACCGCACGCCAGACAGCCUGAUCGCGGAGAUCAUUCUCGUGGAUGACUUCAGCGACAGAGAACAUUUAAAAGAGAAGCUGGAGGAAUACAUGGUCCGUUUUGCCAAAGUGAGGAUUGUUCGUACCAAGAAACGCGAAGGGCUCAUUCGGACCAGACUGCUAGGAGCCUCGCUGGCUAGAGGAGAAGUCUUGACAUUUCUGGAUUCCCAUUGCGAAGUCAACGUGAAUUGGCUGCCUCCCUUGCUUAACCAGAUUGCACUAAACCACAAAACCAUCGUGUGUCCUAUGAUCGAUGUCAUUGACCACAAUCACUUUGGCUACGAGGCGCAGGCGGGGGAUGCCAUGCGAGGAGCUUUUGACUGGGAAAUGUACUACAAACGAAUACCGAUUCCUCCAGAGCUCCAGCGGGCUGAUCCCAGCGACCCCUUCGAGUCUCCUGUAAUGGCUGGAGGUCUAUUUGCCGUUAACCGGGAAUGGUUUUGGGAGCUGGGAGGAUAUGAUCCAGGAUUAGAAAUAUGGGGAGGAGAGCAGUAUGAAAUCUCCUUUAAGGUGUGGAUGUGCGGCGGUGGCAUGUUUGACGUUCCAUGCUCUCGCGUUGGGCACAUCUACAGGAAGUACGUCCCCUAUAAAGUCCCUUCUGGAACCAGCCUGGCACGGAACCUGAAGCGCGUGGCAGAGACGUGGAUGGAUGAGUUUGCAGAGUACAUUUACCAGCGGCGGCCUGAGUACAGACAUCUCUCAACUGGUGACAUCUCGGCCCAGAAGGAGCUUCGCAAGCACCUUAAAUGUAAAGAUUUCAAGUGGUUCAUGGCUGCAGUGGCUUGGGAUGUCCCCAAAUAUUACCCUCCUGUGGAGCCUCCACCUGCUGCCUGGGGGGAGAUCCGAAACGUGGCAGCCAACCUGUGCGUGGACAGCAAGCACGGGGCCACGGGGACGGAGCUGAGGCUGGACAUCUGUGUGAAGGACGGCUCGGAACGGACCUGGUCGCACGAGCAGCUCUUCACAUUUGGCUGGAGAGAAGACAUCCGCCCCGGGGAGCCGCUCCACACCAGGAAGUUCUGCUUGGACGCCGUCUCGCACAGCAGCCCGGUGACGCUCUACGACUGCCACGGGAUGAAGGGCAACCAGCACUGGAGCUACAGGAAGGACAAAACUUUGUUCCAUGCGGUAAGCAGCAGCUGCAUCGAUUGCAACCCAGCCGAGAAGAAGAUUUUCAUGAACAGAUGUGAUCCUUUAUCUGAAACUCAACAGUGGAUUUUUGAACAUAUUAAUACGACUGUUUUAGAAAAAUUUAACAGCAAGGCCAGUUCCUAGAAAGAAGAAGAAAAAAAACAAUGAACACACCCAAUUACCGACGGACUGCAGACGACAUUUUCGCCAGCAUCUGGGUCAAAGGAGUCAGGAAUUAAAUUUCCUAGAUCCAGGAAAUCUGUUCUGAGGCUUAAGAAAAUGCAGGAGCCAGCGUGCUGUCCCUGUGGAUGUACAGGACCUGAAGAACUUGGCCACGAGCCUCGCCGGAUGCUGCUGAGAACUUCAGGCUGAAAAUUCCCUUGCUGGUCAAGGGAAAAACUUUGUUUAAAAACUGUUUAAAAAUACUCCAAGUUAAUAAAGUAAAACAAAACUCC